GACGACGGCAACACCACUACCACCACACAUCACUGUAAUCGCGCAUUGCCACGCGCUUCGGCUCGGAAAAACCGACGUCGUCGUCGUCGCCAUCGCGUCGCGAUGCCCCAUUGCUUGGGUGAGGAAAAUUCGUUCCUCUUCAGUUGCGAGUUUUCACUGGAAUCGGUAGCGUCGACGUUCCGGACUUUCCUGGGGUCCCCCUUUACGACGGUCUUUGAUAGUAAGUGGGUUUGUGUGUGUGUGUCGAUUUUGGGAGAAAAAAUGAAUUGUUUGUACGAUUGUGUGGUGGAUCUGUCAAAAGUUAAUACUUUUUCCGGGUAGUUUUUCCCCCGCUGUCUUAUGGUGUCAGUUUUCCACCAAAAGUACAUGGCAUUGUGCCGGCAAAUUCCGGUGGAAAUGUUGCAGAUUUUUCCGUGAAAUUUGAUCCCACCACAAAACGCCGUAAAGUAGGCCACCUGCAGUGCACGAAGAACGCGUCGCCCGUAAUCCCCCGCCUGCAGGUAGGCAACAUUAGCAGCAGCAGUAAGGGUGGAAAUUCACGUGAAUCGCCAACGCCGCAUCGCGUCAAGCCUAACUGCAGGCGUUUCGCCACCAGUCAGCGGCCUCUGUUGGCGAACGAAGGGGUAUGCAGAAACGGGGCCGGACUUUUCUUCGUCCUUUUCUCCUAUCUCCGGCGGUGGUGGCCACUUCCGGUCGGUCGACGGUGUUGUGUGUUUUGCUUUCCGCUCGGUGACCCAAUUUCAGCGCUAGGGAGUUGAUUUAAAUGCUACGGAAGGAUACUCCGGAAGAAAAAGAAGAAGAGAAAGUUUUUCUUUUUCAAAGGAAAAUUCAGGUGUGAUUUAUCUGCAGUGCGUGAUUCUGCCCAAUAUGAAAAUAUUUUUUUUUUUGUAGAGUUGUGAUCCCUAAGGAAAAUGUUGUUUUCCCUUAACGAAGCAAAGUGAAAAAGGAAAACCCUGAUUUUAUCUUGAAUAAUUCCAAACCCAACAAGGAAAACGAAAAAAAGCAAAUCAGUGAAGCAAUCCUCUUCCCGAAAAAAAAAAAAAUCAAAAAAGGGAAAAUUCAGUGUAGUCCACAACUCCUGAUGGCCUAUUUGUCGGCAGGAUGUGCGCUGGAGCUUGCCGCGAAAGAAGCGGAACCGGAAGGAGGUCGCUGCUAGGAACGCAGCAGCCAAAAUAAGCCACCGCCAGGCGUCUCCACCGGAGCGUGCCACGUCGUGUAGCCUGAGUUCAGGCGAAGCAAACCAGAAGCAAAUGUGUUGUUGCUGCCGCUGCUAAGGGCAGGUGUGUGGGAGUGUGGGGUUUGUGUGGGCGUGUGUGUGUGCUGUGUGGAGGUUUUGUGUUUGUUUUCGUGAUAAGUGAAACGAAGGAAGUUUCGGGCUCUGAUUUGAUAACGACAAGCAGUGAAAAUUUUGGUGACGAAAAUAACGAGAAGAAAAAUAAUAAUAGCAGGACGGCCAGGAUAACGAGAAGGAGCGUCGGUUUGGGUGAAAAAUAAAAAUGCCCGGCAUUGUGGUUUUCCGUCGGCGGUGGUCCGUCGGUUCCGACGACCUGGUCGUUCCCGGACUGUUCCUCUUCAUCAUCCACUUGAUAUGGCUCACAGUGCUCGGAGUGGUCACCGGAGUGUUCCAGUACGACCGGACGGUGCGCUGCAUAGAACUGCUGUGGUACUUCCAACUUGGCUACCUCGGGAUCCUGGGAUUAAGCAUCCUGCUCGAGGUGGCCAUCUGCAUCGUGUCGAUGCGGGGCAGCAUCCUGGACACGGGUCCACGGGUGGCCAUGCCCUACCUUCUGUAUACCCGCAUCCUGGUCAUGCUGGUGGACCUCACCUGGCUGUGUCUGGGCAUCGUGUGGCUCAAGGACCACUACUUCGAGUGUCCCAUCCAGGAGCCCAAGGAGACCAUCGUGGCGGUCAUCAUCUGCAAUCUAUUGGUGAUCUUCAGCAUGGUCACCACGAUCUGGUGCACGUUUGACCCGGCCGGUCGAUCCUGGGUCAAAAUGAAGAAGUAUCAACGGUCGAUGCGGGAAUCGGAGUCCCGCUUUAACUACAAACGAAGCGGUAGCCGGAGUCGGAAUUGGCGCCAACGGAAGGUGAUCCGGGCGUACCAGGACAGCUGGGAUCACCGGUGUCGGUUGCUGUUUUGCUGCAUGGGCAACAGCGACCGCAGCCGGAACUCGUUCACCGAUAUUGCCCGCCUGUUGAGCGACUUCUUCCGCGAUCUGGACGUCGUUCCGUCGGACGUGGUGGCCGGGCUGGUGCUGCUAAGGAAGUUCCAGAAACUGGAACGGGACGCGGUCGUGAGACAGCGCAAAAACGGCACCUACGAGUUCCUUUCCGGGGUUCCGGUUACCGCCAAUACUCAGUUCCUAGCACUUAACGAUUCCAAGGAUUACGACCACUUCCAGACCGUAAUCCGGUACAUGUACUUUGCCCAGGGCGCCUACGGGUGGCCCAUGUUCCUGAUGACGCACUCGCAGACCGGGGUCUGCCAGCUCGGCUCGGAACUGACCUGCUGUUUGUCGUGCUGCCGCCGCAAGUCCGGAACCGACGUGGUCGAGGACAACUGCUGCCUGUGCAAUUACGCCGCCCUCAAGAAGAUGCUGUCGGUUGGGGAGGUCGAAGUGAUCUACGCCACCUAUCACGUAGACAUUGGCGAGACUCCGUUCUUCGUCGCUGUAGACUACAACUAUAGCAAGAUCGUGGUCAGCAUCCGGGGGACGCUCAGCAUGAAGGACGUGCUGACCGAUCUGAACGCCGAGGGUGACUGUCUGCCGUUGAACCCCCCGCGGGAGGACUGGCUUGGCCACAAGGGCAUGGUCCAGGCGGCGAUCUAUAUCAAAAACAAACUCGAAGAGGAGAAUCUCAUCCAGCGGGCCAUGAACCACAAUCCAGCCCGGGGGACGCAAAACUUUGGCCUCGUGCUUGUUGGGCACUCGCUCGGCGCCGGAACCGCCGCCAUCUUGGCGAUCCUGAUGAAGCAAGAGUACGACGACCUGCACUGUUACAGCUACUCGCCGCCAGGGGGUCUGCUGAGCAUGCCCGCAGUAGAGUACAGCAAAUCCUUCAUCACUUCCGUCGUGGUCGGCAAAGACGUCGUUCCCCGGAUCGGCCUCCACCAGAUGGAAGCCCUCCGGGCGGACCUCAUCAACGCCAUCCAGCGCUCCAUAGAUCCAAAGUGGAAAACGAUCGCCUGCUCCGUAAUCUGCUGCUGCUGCGGUCCGGAGCCCACCUCCGUGACGGAAAUGUCCACCAAGGACGAGAACGUCCAGCGGUACGAGCAGGACCGGAACAGUGCCCGCCAGAGCACGGUCCAUCCGAACGACAACUCAAUCGCCCUAACGCUCCACCAUCCGCUGUAUCCGCCUGGCCGGAUCAUUCACAUCGUGCGGCACCAUCCUAGCCAGGAAGAACAAAUCCUGAAAAAGCACGAACCCGUCUACCAGGCCAUCUGGGCCAACAACACGGACUUUGACGAGGUGCUCAUCUCGCCGGUGAUGCUGCAGGACCACAUGCCGGACAAGGUGCUGGCCGCGCUCAACAAGGUUAUAACCACGGUCGGCCCCCGCAAACCCCAACGUCAGUCAUCCAACGCCAACUCGUCGAUCGCUUCGGACGCCAUCGAGGCGUUCCUUCCGGACGGUCAGCACCAGCACCUGCUCGCCAUCGCUGCCCAGUCGGACGGCCAUCAUCCUGCUGCUACACCAAACUCUCACCCGAUCCACAGUCCGGCCUCACCUACGGUACCGCACAAAAUCUGUCUGGAAACGUCCUUUACAAGUUUGCAAUCACCACAGGAUCCCAACGGCGGCCACCCAACACCCAGCAAAGCGUCCUCCAUAGCCGGUAGCAUCCUCGGGGUUCGCAGUCAGAUGUCGAGCCUCGUCGAUGACAGCGGCAUCCCGAAGAGCUUGUCCGGACCGAGCGAAGCGACGACGGUGAUUCUGAACGGACCGCAGCAGCAACCGCGAGCUUCCAGUUCGGCCAGUAACGCUACUACGGCCAAGAUGGUCAACUUCAACCCUUCACCGAGCGUAAUACGAGGAGGGUCUCAACAACAGCAACCGGUCGCAAGCGGCAGUUCUAAACCGAUGAGCUUGUCGUGGAAUGGAACGCGAACAAACUCGGGUGAAAUCAAGAAGAUCGACCUCAUCCACGACGACUGGUUCGGGCUGGCACCGCUCGCCAGCCCGGAAAGCCUGUCGGAACUAUCCAGCAUAAGCUCGCGGGCGAGUUUUGGCGUCAAUCUGGCGUCCAGCAUCGACCGGUACCUGGAGAAGAUCAGCGAAAGCAAGGAAGGUGGACAGAAGGGUGACGGAACGGAUCCACUGCUGGAGAGUCAACUGCAUACGCCCAAGAUCAUGCGGAGAACUCCCAAGGUCAGUGGGAAUCUGGCGUUGUGCGCCGAAGACAUGCGAACGAUCAACAGCUACAAGCGGAUGGGCAAGAUCUUCGUGCUGAACCGAGUGCCUUCGGAUAGCGACUCGACCCUGGACAGCUACGAGUCGGCACACAAUGUGAUCGUGCUGGAUGGAAACGGGAUCACGGACACCGACGGGACUUCACCGAUCAAGGAAAACUCAAAAUCUGCAGAUAACCUUGAUGAGUUCCAAGUUCGGCAAGCGACAACCGGCGGAAGUACCGGAACGAAUGGCGCUGGAACCAAAAAGACUUCGUUCACCGUUAGUGAUAGUGCGAUACCGCAGGAGUGCAUCUCCAACUGUCCGUCGUGUCCUUGUCGGAGAUCACCUGGAGGACCGUGCUGCCAAAAGUUCAACCACCGCGAGUGCUACAACUACAAGUACACUUCGUUCAACAUCUUCAAGUUCAACAAUAGUCGUGAAGGCAGCGGAAACAGUAGUACGCGAGGAGGCAGCAAGACUGCCAGUUCCAGCGAUACCUACCACAGCGCCAUGUCCUCGCUUACCGGAGACCUGGACCACAGCGGUGCAUCCAGUACAAACAACUUCACCUCUAGCAGUAGCAGUAGCAGUAAAACGCUGCAGAACUCCUGUCUCAAGCCCGGAGUUCUGGAGUCCCACUUCCCCGUGUAUCCCGAAGUCACCUCCGACGAGCGACUAUCUCUGUUGGCGCACUCCGGUGAAAGCCCCGUUCGGUUGACAAUAAACAACCAGCGACUCAAAGGUCACACUCACUCUACCUCUACGGCAAACAAACGUCACAAUCCGGAAGACGAUCCGUCAUCGUCCUCCUUCGCCCGGAACGAGUCACUUCCACUGCUGGCCGGCCUGGCGGAGAAGUCGUCCUCCUCUCCGACCAAAUGGGACGUCCGCAAGAAACAUUCCGUCUACCCGGCCGACCCAGGCCACCCAGUCGCGACCGCAGGUUUCAGCUCGAACGGUUCCACCCGGAUCGGCAGCAUCGCCACCAUCCAUUCCUCGUCCUCGUACUCAUCGUCCGUCACGUCCUCGCCCAGCCACCGGCCGCCGAAGAACGAAAGCAGCGUAUGAUGAGACCGGUCCAGUUCGGAAACGCUAGUCUAGCCGAAUACUCCUAAGUCAAUACUCAUCGUUAUACCUAAAGUUGAAGGAAAAUUUAAUCUCUAGUCUCUCACUCUCUGUCCGUAGUCCUUUUCUAGUUCCCCUUCUUCUACGAACGUACUCGAAAGAAGAGCCAAGGUUGGCCUCACUAUCCGCAUUGGUCCAUAAUUCGAAACCGAUUGGUUUUUGGUCUAGGUCAUGAGCUUCCUAACAGACUUUAAUUGAUCCGAUAACUUAAUAAUAACAGUCACAACUCAUAACAAAAGUCCAUCUUUAUGUAAGGUAUGCACUUCGGAAGAAACCGGUCAAGAAAAAUUUCAAAUGGGAAGCAGCGGCAGCGCAAGCAAGUCAGAGAGGGUGAAGAAAAGCCCCAAGAAAACGUUCCCUCUCCUUUGUUCUGCUGUUCGUAAAGCUGUUUCUUGACCCCUUUCCUUCCGAUCUGCAGACUAGCCUUUAAGCGGUAUACGCAUUUCGGAAGGAAACGGUCAAGAAAACAAUCAAAUGGGCAGCAGCGGCAGCGAAAGCAAGCCAGAGAGGGUGAAGAAAAGCCCCAAUAAAUUGUUCCCUCUCUUUUGUUCUGUUAAUGCCAUUUCUUGACCUAUUUUCUUGGGAAGUGCGUAUUGGCCCUUAAGAAAAGUGAGGUUAGAACGCUUCCAUUCCUUUGCUCAGACUUUUCAAUCCGAUCAAAAUUUCACAAAAUCACAACUUAUUUACAACUUCGGUGUUUUUUCCACAGCUGAGAACGAAAAUAUUUACCUCCUCGUGCUGCAGCUUCUGCACUUCCACUUUCGUCUCUUUUGCUGUUGGUUUCUGACAGAAGUUCUCAGUAAAUUUGACGUUUCCGAGGGGCACUUCUGUAAUCAACAUUGAUCUAGAUCAGAAUCCACUGCUGCCAGUGGCAGGCUGCCACCACAAAUCGAUGACAUUUUGCACACUUAUUUCGAAAGAGGUAGCCUUACACAGUUGUGAAUCUCACGUGAGCAAACUUGAAGUGCGAAACCAAAAAUCAAAGCUCUAGUCAGAUUGCUAUCGUUGCAGAACAAAAGAGGAUAGCAUAAAAAAAACACUCACUCAUACCAAUAAUGUCGCAUUAUGAGAGUAGUAGUGAAUUAGGAUGAACAAUGUGCCAAAAUCAAUGAAAGCAAGGCAUUUACUCACUAAGUUAGACAGUAGGGGAAUCAGAAAAAGUCAAUUUUACUAUACAAAGAAGAAGAAACAGAACAAAAAAACAGUGUUAGUAGCCUCAGAAAUUAUCAGAUAUAGGAACAAGUAAAGGUCCAACCCA